AUGUAGCCCUUGAGCCUCCGGGGGGCUCGGUCACCGCGCUGAAGUGGGCGCCGGCAGAGCCGCCUACCGCCAGACCGUCUCUGAACAGGAAGCCGUGCGCUGGGAGCAGAGGCCCGCCCCCAUGUAGCGACGAGCCUGCCGGCCCCAGGGACAAGAGCGAGGAGCGGGGGGCGGAAGGGCGGGGAAGCGGGGCUGCCGCCGCAGAGAAACUGAGCCUCCGCCACCGAUCAGAGGCUGCUUUGCCAGGCAGCUGCAGCGUCCAUGUUGACGGCCCAAAGCGGAAGUCGUUAGGCAGAACGGAAGGGGAACCUGCAGGGGGACUUCCGACAGCAACCUGUACCGUUUUUCCCGGCUGUCCGGCGCCGAGCCGUCUGGGGGCGCGUGGGAGUGGGGCGG